AUGAGAACAACAGAGGAAAAAUACUACUCAAUUCAUGCGAACCAGAUGUUGAAGCAACAAUUCGCCAAAAUUGGCUACGGAAGCUUUGGCGUUGUCUGGAAGGGCAUUUAUAAAGGCGAUGUAGUAGCUAUUAAGCAAAUAAGAGGUGAUAUUGAGAUAGACACUCAAAUUAAGAAGGAAUCCGACAGUCUGGCAAAUAUCAAUGGGCAUGAGAACAUUGUCAAACUGUUUGGUUUUUCGACCUUCGACAAUGAAAGCUACUUGGUUAUGGAAUACAUGGCGGGUGGAUCACUGGCGGAGCUCUUGCACGAAAAAACGAAUAUUAAAUAUACACUUGGGGAAGGUAUUCACUGGCUAUACCAAGCAGCACAGGCAGUGGCCUACUUGCGUGCGAAUUCAGUAAGAGGUGCAGUCCAUCGAGAUGUGCAACCAGGAAAUAUGUUACUUGAUGGUGAACGAAAAAUAAUUAAAAUUUGUGAUUUUGGCUGUGUGCGAAAAGUGCAAACGGAAAUGAGCAGACAAGGGGGCAUUCCCGUGUAUUUGGCACCAGAAAUUUUCAAUGGCUAUGCAUAUACUGAGAAAUCUGAUGUGUACAGCUUGGGCAUUACGAUCUGGGAAGUUUUGGUGCGUAAGAUACCAUUUGAGGAACAAGUCGAGAAAUCUUAUAAUAUUAUGCUCUUAAGAGAUAUCGAUGAGAACGAUCUAAGGCCCCCUCUAAAGGACCUAACUGAUGCCGAAUGCCCCGAUGACAUUCAGACACUAAUACAGAAGUGCUGGGAUAAAGAUCCCAAAAAGCGUCCUUCUUUGCAAGGUAUUGUGGACAUUUUGCAGCUACAUAUUUUAAAAUGUUGAUGAUGAAAUGCUAUUUUUGAUUAGUUAAGAUAAGAAACUAGAAAUACAAAUUUACUAUAUUUAUUAUGCUCCUAAAUUGUAUUA